AUGGGCAAGUCAAAGUUUUUUGACAAACUCCUGAAGCUAGCAGUAUUAAAGUGGCUGGCUGAACCCAUCCUUCGCGUUCUGCCUCCUGAGAUGAAAUCCAAUGUUCAUCUCUGGUGCAAGAACCACGAUCCGAUGUGGUACAACAAACUUUCCGAAUUUAUUGACGAAGAUAUUUCAGAGUGGGAAUACACCGUCGAAGUUCCCAACCGGCGAAAAGAUAUGGCCUGGUGUGGGAUGGGUGCCGAUAUCCUCCGCUUCUACGUUGCAGAUCUGAAGCCCCUGCGUAAAGGGCUUCCAGAGCCGGAGCGUCGAGCGAUUGUCAACAAGGUCCGUCAAGGAAUCAAGCUCUUCGCCGACUUUCAUGACGAGAAGACGAAAGAGAUGGAACGCGAGGCACAUGAUCUUGUGCAGCAGGAGCGUGAGUCGAUGGAUAUCGAGCGCAGUGCCUUUCUCACUGCGUUUGAGCUGCAGAACGAGGCCAUCGCUGACUAG